AUGUCGUCGACCAGUAUUUCAGCAGCUAUCUCGGCCUCUACUCUAAUCUCUGAUCUAACCUCUACUUUAACAUCUACUUUAACAUCUACUUUAACAUCUACUUCUACUUCUACCUCCACUUCAACCUCUGUUGAAGCUUCGACUCCUACCUCCACUUCAACCUCUGUUGAAGCUUCGACUCCUACCUCCACGUCAACCUCUGUUGAAGCUUCGACUCCUACCUCCACGUCAACCUCUGUUGAAGCUUCGACUCCUACCUCCACUUCAACCUCUGUUGAAGCUUCGACUCCUACCUCCACGUCAACCUCUAUUGAAGCUUCGACUCCUACCUCCACUUCAACCUCUGUUGAAGCUUCGACUCCUACCUCCACGUCAACCUCUGUUGAAGCUUCGACUCCUACCUCCACGUCAACCUCUGUUGAAGCUUCGACUCCUACCUCCACUUCAACCUCUGUUGAGACUUCUACUUCAGUCUCUACUCCAACCUCUGUAGAAACUUCUACUUCAGUCUCUACUCCAACCUCUGUCGAAACUUCUACGCCCAGCUCCCCCGCCGAGGACAAAAAUGAGUGUCACGGCGUCGAGGGCGACUAUUGGAUUAUUUCACGGGAUCUGGCCGUUGAUAAUGCCAAGUCCUUCUGCGAGCAAGGAGACAAGGUAGUCAGGUAUAACAUUGACUCUGUGAAUGAGCUUGAGCUGUCUGUCUUCAAGACUGGCGAUGAUUCCAAAGGCCCCAAGGAUGAUUCUAGCUGUCUCAGUCGCCUUCAAGAUGCUAUCAUUGAUGGCUGCGACGGAAACGAUUCCAAGAUGAAUCCCUACAACUAUAAAUAUGGCUCCAAGCUCACUUCCUCCGAUGGCUGGGUGUAUGAGAUGAAACCUCUGAAUGAAAAGGUCAAUGAAGUCAGCUGCGACCUGACUGUGGAGGGACUUUAUGCCUACCUUGUUGAAAUCCGUGGCAAAAACGUGCCGUUCGUGAAACUUGGCGCCAAAGCUGAGGGCCUCGAGCGCGAACUAAAGGGCUGCGGUGCGAUGACUAUUUGGAAAUUUGAGCAGACACCCGACGAUGUUAAAUUCCAGUGGUACGUACAAGCUCAACUUCCCCUAGUCAGCAGGGACUGUGUUGGAAAUGCCCUAAAGAGCGCCGGAGGUGCCAACCGCGGCCACUGUCAUUUUUGA